UGCGUCAACAGUGCACAUACUAAUCGGCAUCUUCUCAUCUCGCAGUGGGACGAUUAUCUUUGAAGCACGAUCACCGUCCGCACCAGGAAGGUGACAUCGCCCGGUGCUGCUGCUCUACACCUGACAAGGAACGUCGCAUGCGCAAGCGUCAGCGACACCUGACAAGGAACGUCGCGUGCGCAAGCUGGGACGAUUAUCUUUGAAGCACGAUCACCGUCCGCACCAGGAAGGUGACAUCGCCCGGUGCUGCUGCUCUACACCUGACAAGGAACGUCGCAUGCGCAAGCGUCAGCGACACCUGACAAGGAACGUCGCGUGCGCAAGCGUCAGCGACACCUACAGCACCUAUUUAAACCGCUGUGACAUUGACUGGCGACUUUGUUCGGCAGCAGUGCGUCAACAGUGCACAUACUAAUCGGCAUCUUCUCAUCUCGCAGGUAAGCACAAGAUUUUGUGCUCCUAAGUCCAUAGUACCUUCUUGUUUUCUUGCACUGCUGCCGAGCAGAGUUCUUGUGUCACUUGCAUUCGUUUUCUUUCAACAUUGUGUUUCCAUGUUCUUGCUGUCUGUGGCCAUCUCGAAAUGACUGGCCGCAACACGCGAAAAACGGGUAAAGAGGACACUGACGAUAAACUUAGCGAUAGCAUGACAAUGCAACAGGGGAUUGAUAGCCUUAGAAAGGAGGUGAUGUCAGAACUUCGCUCACUGAAACAGAGCGUUCAGUACUGUAGCGAGUCUUGUGACAGCGUGACUGAGAUGGGCAAAGACAUAAAAGAGCUCAUAAAUGAGAUAAAAGAGCUAAAGUUAAGCAAUCGGAAACUAAAGGAAGAGAACGAGAGGUUGACUGCGCGAGUCGAUGAAUUGGAGCAAUAUACUCGCUCCAAUAAUGUAGAGAUUAAGGGAGUUCCGGUAGAACCAGAUGUGAUUGACGUGGUCUCGAAGAUGGGUCAGCUCAUUGGUGAAUCGGUAUCGAAAGACGAUAUUGACAUCUGUCACCGCGUCUUCACGACUAAGCACAGCGAACCAAACAUAAUUGUGCGCUUUGUCCGUCGUGAGAAGCGAAAUUCUUUUCUGGCGAAGGCCAGGAAGACUCGCCAAACGGGCACAUUGCUUGGUUGUAGUUCUACAAAACCUGUGUUUGUUAAUGAGCACCUGACACGUCAGAAUAAGCAACUUCUCGGUGCUGCUGUAGCUAGGAAGAGGGUGGCAGGCUGGCGAUAUGUCUGGACAAAGGAUGGACGAAUUUUUGCUCGUCGAGACGAAAACUCUGCCGUUCUGCGCUUAAAUUCCGCAAGCGACUUGGAGAAGAUGACGCAGUCAGCCGACGCGUCAUAAUUAUGAGACUGUUGCCUACGUGGCCCUUUUUUCUUUUUUUCUUGUAGAUUACUGCCGUCAUGGCUGUAAAACCUUCUUCACUUAAACACCUACCUGGAUAUGAUCACUUGUCUUUUCUGCAUGUGAAUGCGCGAUCGCUGGAAUCCAAACAUGACGAAUUCGAACUAUUUCUUGCUAGCACGGGCGUACCGUUUGAUAUCAUCAUGGUAUCUGAAACGUGGUACACAAAGUAUUCCGUGCCGUUCGCCCAACCAGGCUACCAAGGCUUUGCUUUAAACCGCUCUCAACGUAAAGGAGGGGGCGUGCUGUUGUUGGCUAAGGCUGAGCUAAACGUGAGCAUCAUUGACGAAUUCUCCGUUUCAAAUGCUAACUUCGAAGUUCUAAGUGUGCGUAGUCGAUCCAAUAUCUUUUGUGUCGUCUACCGCCCACCUGACGCCAAUAUACACACCUUUUUCUGUUUUCUUGAAGAAUAUUUUGACUUCAUUCGUUCCAACAAAUAUUCUCUUUUUCUUGCCGGUGAUUUCAAUAUAGACAUGCUAAAAACCUCAAGAGAUCAGAUCGAACUGUCAGCUUUACUGCAGUCAAACGGGUUUGUAAACACUAUUGUAAAUUCUACCCGCAUUACUCAUUCGUCAAAUACCCUUAUCGAUCUAUUCAUCACUAACACCGACAGAAAAAACCUUUGUAGCGGUUCGAUUGCAAGCGAUAUGAGUGACCAUCUUCCCAUCUUUACUUUCAUCGAAAAUGAAGUGCCAACUAAGCGGAUUAUCGAUCCGCCUCAGCGUUUCCAAGAUAUAAACAGUGCAUCUCUGGACGCUUUCCGUAACGAGGUUGAAGCCCACGACUGGCGUCAAGUUUUUAGAAAACAUGACUCAAAUUCCAUGUACGAGACCUUUAUUGCUGAACUGAGGACACUGUACAAUAAGCACUUCCCAUACGUUGUCAGGCAUAGAAGUAAUAAAUCGCGAAAACCAUGGCUAACCAAUUACCUUCGCAGCCAAAUCAAGGUAAAAAAUAACCUUUAUUGGGAUUUCAUCAGGACCAGAAACCCUGAAACAUGGAAAAAAUUUAAAUCUUUCCGAAAUCGUUUGAAUGCUACGCUAAAGAAAGCAAAGGAAGAAUAUUUUUUCAAGCAUUUCUCUGUCGCGGCAAACACUGAGCUGUUGUGGAAACGACUAAACGCCAUAGUUCAUCCUAAGACUGACCGUGCGAUUUCGAGCCUGUGUGUAAACGGUCUCAUGAAGUGCGGUUCAGAUUUGUCAAACGCACUCAAUGACCAUUUCAUUGCGGUAGGCCAGUCAGGCGCUUGCAACGUAAAUCCAUAUCCCAUUCAAGGUACCAGUUCGCCCUACUCCAGUAUGCCAACGGACACACCCGAGUUCGGUGGCCACGUGGUUGAGCGAUCGAGUCGUGAGGUGGGCACCAAAGUGAAGGAGUCCUAG